AGAAGUCGACAGCAUUAGGGAUUUCGCUAAAGUCUGUAUGGAGGUAAUUAUACAUAUAUAAACUCAGUCAGUUAUCUGCCACCACUAACCCAUCUAACAACAAGUCAACAGUAUCAAUUAAAGGUCAGGAUCUAAAAAUGUCCCUGAAGCUCCCUCGAUUUGGGAAAUCAUUCAGUCCGAAGAAGAUUCCUCCGCGGAAAUCAGCAUCGUUAUCGAACCUUCACACAUUGGACCGUUCCACACGGGAAUUAGAGUUGGGUCUUGAAUAUGGACCUCCUUCAAUGACCAUUGGAGGACAGACGUUGAAGUUUGAGGAUGGACAAUGGAUAUCAGAAUCAGGGGGAAAUGUAUCAGUUCGAGAAGUCGAGCGAAUUAAGAAGAAAAACUUGCAGCUGGAGGAGGAGAACAAUACCCUGAAAUUGAAGAUAGAGAUUCUUAUUGACAUGCUGACAGAAUCGACGGUUGAGUACCACCUGAUGGAGAAAGAAGUGGAGGACAUAAAGUCUCAACAUUAAAGAAAUGAAAACGAUGUAAUGCCUUCCUCAUAGGAAGUUUUUACGUAAAAUGGUGUAUUUUCUUCACUACAUUAUAGACAAAGUGUGUAUAAAAGUCAAGCCUAAGAUUAUUCGUAUCCCAGUGGUAUGAAUAAAUUUGGGCAUAACUCUAUCUAGUCUAUUUGCAACAAUGAUAGGCCUGCAGUCAUAUUUUGCAGAUUUUUUUAAUUUCCUAUUGUAUAUUCAAUAUUGAUCUUUUGGGCAAAUGUUUUUUUAAUUCAUCCUUACAUUAAAGUGAAAACUGUAACAAU